AUGAGCCUUCCUCGUUUUUCCAUUAUCGGCUAUCAGGAUAUGAUAAGGAAACUCACCCAACAAUUCUCUGGGAGCCGUCACCGUAAGGUUUUAUUGACUAGCCUGUUCAACGUUCGACAAGGGCAGAAUGAAUCCCUAAGAGAAUAUCUCGCCCGCUUCAACGACUCAAAAAUUAAGGUUUCCAACCCCAACCAAGAAGUCUUCGUUGGCGCUUUUCAAAAUGGCUUGCGAGCUGGACAAUUUAAUGAGUCGCUCGCACAAAAACCCGCCGAUUCGAUGGAAGAGAUAAUCGCUCGUGCUAAAUGUUACGUAAAAGGAGAGGAAAGCAACGCGGAGAAAAGAGCCAGGGACGCCAAGAAAAAAGGAAACUCGGGAGCAGAACGCAGGAAUCACUAUGUUCCACCCAACAAUGACAGGGGAACAUUCAAGAAACAAAAUGAAAGGAAUCAACAUCAUUACACUCCCGAGCACUUCACUCCUCUGAAUACUCGCCCCGAAAGAAUCCUCAAAGAAGGCCACGACACGGACGAAUGCGUCCAUCUUAAAAGAGAAAUUGAAAAGCUCAUCCAAAGCGGGAAACUGCGAGGGUACGCUAAGGAGAGGGGUAGCAAUGAAAAACAACAAGACAAGCCCAACACCGAACCCAAACACACAUUACACACCAUUUCGGGAGGUUUUGUUGGAGGCAGGGAGUCAAGCAAUUCAAGAGAGAAGUAUGCUCGCCAAGUAAUGCUUUUGGGAGACAAUUUCACAUCGUCCUCGGAAAGAAGUCCUGAUAUCACUUUUUCAGCAAAAGAUUUCGAGCAAGUAAUCCCUCACGACGACGAUCCGUUGGUCAUUUCUGUCCAGCUGCUUAACUGGGAGAUUAAGAGAGUACUCGUGGAUACAGGUAGCUCUGCAAAUGUUUUGUAA